GGGGAUGACACCAGCCCCGUGCCCAAACCACAGCCCCCCAGGGACAGGGACGAGGGCCCCGUUUCGCUCUUGCCCCACUGGUCCUGGUUGGAGUGGGACAGAGGUGCCUAGAAGCUCCCCCCUGCCCCCUCCCAAAAUGGCUGCAGGGCUUGGGAACAAGUCCCUGAUGCUGCCAUGGGGCAGCUGGGCUUGGGGACAAGGGCAGGGACAGGUCCCUGACACAGCCAAGGGGCUCGGGGAUGAGGGCAGGGAUGAGUCCCCAGCACAGCCAAGGGGCUGCUUGGCUUGGGGACAAGGGCAGGAACAAGUCCCCGAUGUGGCCAAGAGGCUGGGGGGCUUGGGGACAAGGGCAGGGACAAGUCCCCAGUGUGGCCAAGGGGCUGGGGGGCUUGGGGACAAGGGCAGGGACAAGUCCCCAAUGUGGCCAAGGGGCUGCUUGGCUUGGGGACAAGGGCAGGGACAAGUACCCAAUGUGGCCAAGGGGCCAGGGGGCUUGGGGACGAAGCCUCUGACACUGCCAGGGAACCGUAGGGCUUGGGGACAAGGACAGGGACAAGUCCCUGAUGCAGCCAAGGGGCUUCUUGGCUUGGGGACAAAGCCCCUGACACGGUCAGGGGACUGUAAGGCUUGGGGACAAGGACAGGGGCGAGUCCCUGAUGCAGUCAAGGGGCUGGGGGGCUUGGGGACCAGGGCAGGGAUGAGUCCCGAAGGUGGCCAAGGGGCUGGGGGCUCGGGGACAAGGGCAGGGAUGAGUCCCCGAUGUGGCCAAGGGGCUGGGAUCUUGGGGACAAGGGCAGGGACACAUCCCCGAGGCGGCCAAGGGACCGUGGGGCUUGGGGACAAAGCCCCAGGCACAUCCCUGACACCACCAAGGGACAUGGGGCUCGGGGACAAGGGCAGGGAUGAGUCCCCGAUGUGGCCAAGGGGCUGGGAUCUUGGGGACAAGGGCAGGGACACAUCCCCGAGGCGGCCAAGGGGCCGUGGGGCUUGGGGACAAAGCCCCAGGCACAUCCCUGACACCACCAAGGGAUCAUGGGGCUCGGGGACAAGGGCAGGGAUGAGUCCCCAAGGUGGCCAAGGGACCAGAGAGCUUGGGGACAAGGGCAGGGACACGUCCCUGAGGCAGCCAAGGGACUGUGGGGCUGGGGGACAAGGACAGGGACGCGUCCCCAAGGCAGCCAGGGGACUGGAGAGCUUUCGGAUGAGGCUCCGGCCACAUCCCCAACACAACCAAGGGGUUGCAGGGCUCUGGGCUGAGCCCCCAAAAGAGAUCUGUGGGGUGAGAGGGGCUCCAAGCCCUCCCCCACCCCCCCAAAAGACACCGGAGGGGGCGCAGGGCCUGAGGGGCCGCCCAGCACCCGUUCAGGAUCGGGAGCAGCAAGGCCAAAAAAAAUAAACGUGGCCGGCAGCGUCCGGUCCAGCGUCCCCCCAGGGGUGCAGGGGACACGGCCGCCGUCUCUCCCCCCUAUUUCGGGGCCCCGAGCUGAUAAAAGCAGACAAUAAAAUAAAUUAAAAAGCGCUCGGGGGCCGCGGGGGGAGCAUGGGGCACCGCUUCCUCGUGUCCC